AUGUUCUUGAGCACCAACUCCACAUCCUCAAAGAUCCAAGAUCUCUCAUGGUGUCAUCAUGUGGGUACUUGGUCUCCACAAAGUCCAUGGAGAAGAGAGCAUUGUAGUGCUCUUGGUACAUGGGGAGCUCAUCCUCCUCUUGCUCUUCCUCAGCCUCUUCCAUGGCUCAUCUUGGUUCCCUCUUGUCAUCUUCAUCAACCAAUUGGUUCACCUCUUCUCCUUCCUCUUCACUCUCAGUUUCCUCACUCCUUCCUUCAUUUGGAGAGCCAUUUCCCCCUCUUGAACAAGGUUCACUCCAAUCUCAAACUCCCCUUGCUCACUCUCACUACUUAUGGGAUCAUUCCUCUUCUUGGUUCUCCUUUCCUCCCUCAACUCUCACUCUCAGACUUCUUCAGAGUAGACAUAUCCCUGCAUCAGAUUCUUCCAUCUCUGAUCCUCUCUUCUCUCGGCUUCAUCUCCAAGCCUUCUCCUUGCAUCCUCUUCAUCUCCUUGCCUCUCCUUUCCUCUGUGAAGCUGCGGCUUCCCUCACUCUCAACAUCUUACUUGUUUCUUCUAAAGUUGGGUUCCUGA